AUGCCAUCUUUCGCAGACGAGGUCGAGUAUAAGCUCGACGACGUCAAGGCGACGUCGAUAAGCCCCCAAGAGAUUGACAAGACGUUCCGCUCGAGCUGCAUUGACCUGGUUUCGGCGGCAUUGGGCGGCAAGAUUCUUGCCUUCUCGGACCAGUGGUUUGCCGAGGCGGCCAACCUGCUGACGCCGACGACGCCCGUCUGCCAGCCCGGCAAGAUGGUCUUCACAGGGGCGUGGUACGACGGGUGGGAGACGAGGCGGCACAACCCGGAGCCCUUUGACUGGGUCGUCAUCCGCCUCGGCGUCGCCUCGGGCACCGUCGAGGGCGUCGAGGUCGACACGGCCUUUUUUACCGGCAACUACGCGCCCGCUAUCUCCGUCGAGGGCUGCUUCAGCACCGACGACGACGACGAGGUCGUCUCGUGGCGCGGCGGCCGCGGCAAGUGGGAAACCAUCCUCGGGGUCCGCGAGUGCGGGCCGUCGCGCCGCUUCGGGUGGAAGCUCGACGCCCCCUCGGGCAAGCAGUACACGCACGUCAGGCUCAACAUGUACCCGGACGGCGGCAUUGCGCGCUUCCGCCUCUUUGGCCACGCCGUGCCCGUCUUCCCGCAGGACACCGAGGCCAUUCUGGACCUGGCGGCGGCGCAAAACGGCGGCGUGGCCAUCUCGUGCAGCGACCAGCACUUUGGCACAAAGGACAACCUGCUGCUGCCCGGGCGAGGCAAGGACAUGGGCGACGGGUGGGAAACGGCGCGGUCCCGCGGCAGGGAGCACGUCGACUGGACAAUCGUCAAGCUCGGCGCCCGGGGCUGCAUCCAGAGCUUCGUCGCCGACACGGCCCACUUCAGGGGUAACUACCCGCAAAAGGUGGCCAUCUACGCGCUGGCCUGGGAGGGAGGUGGAGACCCCGACGCGGCGGCCGAGGGAUGGCGCGAGGUCGUCGCCCCCAGCAGGAUGGGGCCUGACCAGGAGCACGAGCUACCCUGCGCCGAGAGGGCGACGGCCUUUACGCACGUGAAGCUCGUCAUGAUUCCCGACGGCGGCGUCAAGCGGCUGAGGGUAUACGGCAAGCGUUUGGCUGGACAAGGGCAGUGA